AAUGCCCUUCAUUAAGAACUUUGUCACAAAGAAGCGUCCUGUCUCCUCCUGUCCCAAUGGAACAGCUCUACUUCCACAAAUAGGGCAGCCAUUGUUUUUAAAUCCCCCCUUGAAGAAUGUGCCCAGGAGUUUCAAGUGCACCAAGAAGGAGAAAUGCGAGCGCUCGUCGGAGCCUCGUCGCUUCGCAUCGGACAUCAAACAGUGUGUUCGUCUCAGCGUUCACCCAAACAACAUCUCGGUGUCCCAGUUCAGCGUAACGUUGAUCCUGGAGGCCCACAACGUUCCGGAACUGUCCGCGGGGGUGAACUGCACCUUCGAGGACCUGGCUGAGAUGGACGGGCUGGUCGAGGGGAACCGGAUCAGGUGUAGCUCACCUGCCGAGAAGGAGGUGCCUCGCAUCGUCACCGACAAAGGCGACCACCAGAUCGUGCAGCUCUACCUCAGGUCUAAAGAGACCGGCCUGGCCUUCGCCAACACCAGCUUCGUGUUCUACGACUGCAGCGUCCACAUGUCGUGUCUCUCCUGUGUAAGCUCCCCGUACCAGUGCCACUGGUGCAAAUACAAACACGACUGCACCCACGACCCGCGCACCUGCUCCUUCCAGGAGGGCAGGGUCAAGACGCCUGAGGUGAGCCCGCCACAUGCGCAGGGGUCAAAGGCCGACCGACUGCACUUCAAACGCCUCCAAAUCUGA